AUGUCAACCACACAAUCAAAUAAAAGCGCAACAACCUCUUUGCCAGUUGGUACCUUGUCCUUACCUGGGAUUGUUCCAUUGGAUAUCGUAAGCGGCCGUUUAAAUGAUACAAUUAUUAAUACUGGCGAACAAUAUGGUGGUCUUGAUAGAUGGGGUCCAGCACGUCAUGAAUUUGGUAUGAGAAGAUUGGCAGGCACUAAAGUUGAUGGGGAAAUGAGAACUUGGUUUAUUAACCAGUGUAAGAAUUUAGGGUGUAGUAUCAAAAUUGAUAAGAUUGGUAAUAUUUUUGCUAUAUUUCCCGGUAAAAAUAGUGGCGAACUGCCUACCGGUAUUGGUUCUCAUUUGGAUACUCAACCAGCUGCUGGCAAGUAUGAUGGUAUCUUGGGUGUGCUAGCUGGUUUGGAAGUAUUGCGUACUUUUAAGGAAAAUAACUACGUUCCAAAUUAUGAUGUCUGUGUUGUUUGUUGGUUUAAUGAAGAAGGUGCUAGAUUUCCCAUGGCUUGUACUGGUUCUUCUGUUUGGGCACAUGCCUUGCCUUUGAAAGAGGCUUAUGAACUUAUGUCUAUUGGUGAGGAUACUCCGGAAUCUGUUUAUGAAUCUUUAACCAAUACGGGAUAUUUAGGUGAUAUUGACGCUUCUUAUGAAUCCGGUCAAAACUUCCAUGGUAUCUUUGAGUUGCACAUUGAACAAGGUCCAAUAUUAGAAAAUGAAAAAAAGGACAUUGGCAUUGUUGUUGGUGUCCAAUCGUGGCAUUGGCAAAAGAUUAUCGUUACUGGACAAGGUGCUCAUGCUGGUACUACCCCAUGGGAGUUAAGACAUGACGCCCUAUUGGCUUCUUCCAAAAUGAUUAUUGCUGCUAAUAAGCUUGCCAAAAAAUACAAAGGUUUGUUUACCUGUGGUGUUAUUGACGCUCUGCCAUAUUCAGUUAAUAUUAUUCCAGGGGAAGUUUCUUUUACUACCGAUUUCAGGCAUACUUCUGAUGAAACUCUUAAACAGAUUGUAAAAGAAGCCACUGAAGAAUUUGCACAAAUAAUUACGGAAGAGGGUUGUGAAAUUAAAACGGAAAUAUUACAAUACAAUCCAGCUGUUCAUUUCAAUAAAACUUGUAUUGAGUGUGUCUCUAGAUCUGCCUAUGCUCAAUUUCCUAAAGAUAAAGUUAGAACGAUUACUUCUGGUGCGGGUCACGAUUCUUGUCUAACUUCUUUACAUUGUCCAACCUCCAUGAUUUUUAUUCCUUCCAAGAAUGGUUUAUCCCAUAAUUAUCACGAGUAUUCGUCCCCUGAAGAAAUUGAAAAUGGAUUCAAGGUUUUGUUACAAGCUGUUAUUAAUUAUGAUAAUCACAGAGCUGCCAAGUAA